ACCUCAACGACACUUACCGCCGAACGCUCAUCACACGCUGCAGCAAUUGUUUUACAGAGGCCCAUACUUGACAGUCGCUAGUUCCGGGACCGGAAGUCAUCAUCCGGGCACACCCGGCGGUGGUGCCGUAUUUCCGGGUGCUAUUCAAGGCAGCAUCGGCGACUUUUCCGGAACAGGUCUGGUUUUUCCGUGGGCGACGAACGCGCGCGGCAAACCACGUCGAGGAAUGAUGAGAAGAGCCGUUUUCUCGGACCUCCAGCGACGUGGGCUCGAGAAAAGGUUCCAGAUACAGAAGUACAUCAGUAAACCAGAUCGCAAGAAGCUCGCCGAAAAACUGGGACUCAAGGAUUCGCAGGUGAAGAUCUGGUUUCAAAAUCGGCGCAUGAAGUGGCGAAACAGCAAGGAACGCGAGUUGCUGGCGACCGGUGGCUCGCGCGAGCAAACGUUACCGAACAAGAACAAUCCCAAUCCGGAUCUGAGCGACGCCGACGGCGAUCGUCCGAGAAUGGAUCUGAGCGACGUGAGUCCGCUCACAAGUCCGCAGAGGCCCGAGGAACAAACGGAGAACGAGGAGGACGAGGAGAUCAAUGUCACGUGAUAAAACUCGCCGCUGGACUCGGCGCGUUCCCCUCCCUCGUUCGCAUUUUGACAAAGUAGCGACAAUUUUUAAUUCGUAAAUUCAAGGAGAAUAUCGGCUGGACCAAACAGAUUUGAGCGAGUGGUUUUUGGCGGGUGAUCGAAAUAAAACAAAUGCAAAAAAAUUGAUUCAAAAAUCGAACAUCUUCGUUUUCGAUAUGUAUCAUGCGUUAUUGUAGGAUUUUUAAUAUUGUUCACUACUUUGUCCGAUGUGUCUCUUGAGUCUCCCGCGUUAUAUAUAUGUUUAUGAAAAAUGCCAUGCAAAAGGCAAAUACGGCGUUUAAUUGUGCUCUCCAACCGAUCGAUUUUCUUUUUUUUUAUUGGCAAUUACAUUCGCGGAAUUAUUGUGUACCGGCUGUGUUCUCGAGUUUCUCACGUAAGAAUAAACGUGUUAGACACAAAUUGUAUGCAAUAUCUCAUCUCGUUCGAGCCUGAAUUUCUAGCAACACAAUUUUAAUUGUUUAUUAAGUAAUAUCGAUAUGUUUUUACGCAAUUCUUUAUUGCGAAUUAUUCUUCGCGACUAAAAACAAGACGCAAAUUGGUCCCGAGCGAAACGACGAAUGAUGUAUUAUAUUGUAAUUAGCAAUCGUGGAUGUACCUUCAAGGAGUCUUCUAUAAGCCAUUGUGUAAGGUUGUAUUAGACAUAACUUUACGAUUCCGGAAGUAUGUACCUAAGCCUAAUUGUAACGCGGCUGCGCGCGUGGCCAAAAAAACCCGAAUGUAAUUAUACUCAUUGUGAUUCAAUAUAAUCUAUGUAAUAUACUGAAAUAAAACUGUCUAUGCUAAGCGAUUUUACAUUUCUAACGUUAAUAAUGAUAACGAAUAAAAAUUUCAGGUCCAGCGCAUCGUCGUUCUUUCUCGCAAUUUAUUAUAACAAUGAUUAGGAAAAACGAUAAAGAAAU